UCAAUUUAUUUUCAAGAAGAAAAAAAAAAGAAUGAGAAAGAAAUUCCGAACAAAUCUGGGCAUUGAGGGCUUGUGCGCUCCAGCUGACUGCGCCCUCUUCCUGAACCAUUCCAACUCCGUGCGUAAAAAUUCCUCGGUGCGUCAGGUGUCUCAUUUCCUUAAUGCAAAUGUCCCGCUCGCUGCGCGCACGCCCCCUCCCCACCUUCAACGAGUGUCCUGCCCUCACGAGCGACCGGUAGCCGUCUCUGCUCCUUUAAGGCAAUGAGGAAUUAAAGCGUCUGCAGGGGCAGGGGAGAGGGUUAUUCUGUGGAACACUCAGAGAGUCAGUGGGGUGUGUUUAGAGAGCGACAGCGGGGAAGAUGCGCUUGAUCGCCUCUUGCUGGACGCAAAGGGGCGAUGAAGAUGAUCUGACUUGGAUUCUGAGAAAAAACGAUUUUUUUCAUUCCUCCACUCACUGAUCACUUCUUAGUUCUCUUAUUUUAUUUUCUGAAAUAUAUAUAUAAAUAUAUAUUUUUUGUCUAGUAAUUUCUUUUUUCAAGCUCGGGGAUGACCUAUGAGUCAAUGUUUCUUUUAGGGAACCGGAGCUUCUGAUAUUUUAAAGAAAUAAUAAUAAUAAAAAAAAGAUCUAUUUUGUUUACCGAAUUCGGAGGAGAAUUGAUUUUUGGCUGCAGGAACUGCUCUUCUCCGGCUCUGACUCAGCAUCACUUGCACCCGGGCUUCACCCCUUCAGCAUCCUUUUCACAGGAAGGAGCAGCAAGAAGAAGCGGAGCGCCGGAGAAGCGUCUGCGCGCAGCUCUUCCAAAGACAAUCAUCACUGACGCUCAUUUAUCCAAGCGCACCGAAAAGAAACGAAAUCUUAAAAAAAAGCAGGGGGGAAAAGUAAGAAGGAGAUUCUAAAAGUGUAAAGACUGAGACGGAUUUGCUUCAAGACAGAGGCAAAUGUUUAACCUUACCCCCAGCGAACAGAAGAGAGACCCAGGGAGGCACCGGUCGGAGGAAGAAGAAAAAGCAUAGCUUGGGGGGGAUUGAACGGAACAGGGCAUGUGGAUAUUGGCUUUUAUCUUUUUCCAGAGCAUCUUGAAUGUUUUCAGUGAAGAUCUACAUUCCAGUCUAUACUUCGUCAAUGCAUCUCUGCAAGAGGUAGUAUUUGCCAGCACCACAGGGACCUCGGUUCCUUGUCCCGCUGGGGGCGCACCGCCUGCUUCGCUGCGGUGGUAUCUGGCCACCGGGGAGGAGAUCUACGAUGUGCCGGGCAUCCGCCACGUCCACCCCAACGGAACCCUCCAAAUCUUCAACUUUCUGCCAUCCAGCUUCAGCAAGCUGAUCCAUGACAACACAUAUUACUGCACUGCCGAGAACCCUUCUGGCAAGAUCAGGAGCCAGGAUGUCCACAUCAAAGCCGUUUCUCGGGAGCCCUACACAGUCAGGGUGGCUGACCAGAAGGCUAUGAGAGGCAGUGUGGCUGUCUUCAAGUGCAUUAUCCCUGCUUCUGUGGAGGCCUACGUCACCGUUGUAUCAUGGGAGAAAGACACUGUUUCACUCAGCUCAGGACAAAGAUAUCUCAUCACAUCCACGGGAGCCUUGUAUAUUGUGGACGUCCUACCUGAGGAUGGCCUGAACAACUAUCGCUGCACAACUCGACACCGUUACACUGGUGAGACUCGCCAGAGCAACAGUGCGCGUCUCAUCGUAUCAGACCCCACCAAUGCUGAGCCAGCCAUCCUGGAUGGCUUUGACCACAGAGAGGUGAUGAUUAAUCAUCGGGUGGAGCUGCCCUGUAAGGCCUCAGGCUACCCAACACCCAAGUACCGCUGGCUGAAAGACAACAGCCCUCUGGAGCCAGACAGUCGCUUUCGCCAGACCAUCUCAGGGUUGCUGAUAGAGAGCACACAGCCCAGUGACUCUGGGACAUAUGUUUGUGAAGUGUGGAACAGUUAUGGCAACGCCGAGGUCGUGGGACACCUGUACAUCAAACAGCCCUUAAAAGUAGUGGUCAGUCCCCGAAAGGUGAAGGGCAGCGUGGGUAGCAAAGUGUCUCUAUCCUGCAGUGUCAGUGGCUCAGAUGAAUAUGAGCUGUCCUGGUACCGCAAUGGAGAAAUCAUCUACCCCGGCAACAACGUUCGCUUCACUGGGCUCAACAGGGAGAACCUUAUCAUGGAGGGAAUGUCCAAAAGCGAUGGAGGAGCUUACCAGUGCUUCGCCAGGAAGGGCAAAAUGUCGGCACAAGACUUUGUGCAGGUCAUUCUUGAAGAUGGGACCCCCAAAAUCUUGUCCUCCUUCAGCGAGAAGGUGGUGAGCCCCAAUGAGCCCGUCUUCCUGGUCUGCAACGUCAAGGGCACGCCUCCUCCCAGAUGCACCUGGACGCUGGACGACGACCCCGUCAUCAAGGACAGCCACCACCACCUGGGCCAUUACGAGACGCACGAAGCCCACGUGGCCAGCCAGCUCAACGUCACGCACACCCAGGUGCAGGACGGCGGGGUGUACCGGUGCACGUGCAGCAACUCGGCCGGGGUCGUGUACCACCAGGCUCGAAUAAACGUAAGAGGUCGCGCCAGCAUUCGUCCAAUGAAAAACAUCACGGCCAUAGCUGGACGGGAUGCCUUCGUUCACUGCCGUGUGAUCGGAUACCCCUACUACUCCAUAAAGUGGUACAAGAACUCCGCCCUGCUGCCCUUCAACCACAGACAGCGAGCUUUUGAGAACAACGGGACACUGAAGCUGAGCAACGUGCAGCAGGUGGAUGCUGGCGAAUACACCUGUAAGGUGAUGGUUCAACCCAACAAGAUGGACUCCCAAAGUGUCCAUGUUCGUGUGAGAGUCCCUCCCUACAUUCAACCCUUUGAGUUCCAGCGUUUCACCAUCGGUCAGCGGGUCUUCAUACCGUGCGUGGUCAUGUCCGGAGAUCGACCACUGGACAUCACCUGGCAGAAAGAUGGGCGCCCCAUCCCCGCCAGUCUGGGUGUGACUGUCGACAACAUCGACUUUACGAGCUCGCUGCGGAUCUCCAAUCUGACCCCUGACCACAAUGGAAACUACACCUGCAUCGCUCGAAACGAAGCUGCAGUUGUGGAGCACCAGAGUCAGCUCAUCGUUAGAGUUCCUCCUCAGUUUGUGGUGCAGCCUGAGGAUCAAGAUGGGAUCUAUGGGAAAACUGUGACUCUCAACUGCUCUGCUGAGGGCUAUCCACCACCCACUAUUGUUUGGGAGCACUCCAAAGGUGCAGGUGUACCCCAGUUUCAGCCCAUCCUUCUGAACAGUGGCUCUCGCAUCCAGCUACUGAGCAAUGGGUCGCUGCUCAUCAAACACGUGCUGGAGGAUGACAGCGGCUUCUACCUGUGUAAGGUCAGCAACGACGUUGGAGCUGAUGUCAGCAAGUCCAUGUACCUCACCGUCAAAAUCCCGGCCAUGAUCACCUCCUACCCUAACACCACUCUGGCCACGCAGGGAGAGGAGAAGCGGAUGAGCUGCAUAGCUCACGGGGAGAAACCCAUCAUGGUGCGCUGGGAGAAAGAGGAGCGCAUCAUCAACCCAGAGACCAGCCGCUAUGUGGUCACUGUAAAAGAAGUGGCUGACGAAGUCAUCUCCACGCUGGUGAUUAUGCCAACAGUUCGUGAAGACUCUGGAUUCUUCUCCUGUCAUGCUAUCAACUCCUUUGGCGAGGAUAGAGGCAUCAUACAGCUGACAGUGCAAGAACCCCCUGAUCCUCCGGUGGUAGAGAUCCGUGAGGUUAAAGAUCGAACCAUAGCUCUGCGCUGGACCAUGGGCUUUGAUGGCAACAGCCCAAUCACAGGGUAUGAUAUCGAGUGCAAGAACAAAUCAGCUUCAUGGCUAUCCGCUCAAGUAACCAAAGAUGUGUCACCACAGUUAAACCAGGCAACUAUAAUUGAUCUCCAUCCUUCUUCCACUUACAACAUUCGUAUGAUUGCCAAGAACAUCAUUGGCAACAGCAACCCCAGCAACGAGCUCACCAUCACCACUGAUGAAGCAGCUCCAGAUGGGCCUCCACAAGAUGUCACUCUGGACUCCACUUCGCCUCAGAGCAUCAAAGUCUCCUGGAAGCCUCCCCUUAAGCACCUGCAGAACGGUGUGAUACGUGGCUUCCAGGUAGGCUACAGGGAGUACAGCCCUGGUGGAAGCCAUCAGUUUACCAUUAUCAGUGUGGAUACAACAGGAGACACCACGGAGAGCAUUGUUUUGGACAACCUGAAGAAGUUCACCCAGUACAGCGUGGUGGUUCAGGCUGCAAACAGAGCCGGCACAGGGCCGUCCUCACAGCAAGUGGUCGUCAAGACCCUGGAAGACGUGCCGUCCCGUCCCCCAGAAAAUGUCCUGGCCGUGGCCAAGUCUCCUGAGAUAAUCUCGCUGUCCUGGAUGCCUCUUCCCAGAGAAGCUCUCAAUGGGAAUUUGCAGGGCUACCGAGUCAUCUACUGGGCCAACCUACCUGAUGGAGAACUUGGUGAAAUAAGAAAUGUGACCACCGGUCAGCCGUCCCUGGAGUUGGAUAGUUUGGAGAAGUACACCAACUACAGCAUACAGGUCUUAGCCUUCACCAAUGCUGGGGAUGGAGUUCGCAGCGAACAGAUCUACGUUCGCACCAAAGAGGAUGUUCCUGGUCCUCCUGCUGGAGUGAAGGCAGCAGCCUCCAGCAGCUCAGCUGUGUUUGUCUCUUGGCUCCCUCCCCUCAAACUUAACGGCAUCAUCAGGAAAUACAUUGUCUUCUGCUCCAACCUUCAUCCAAUGGUGAUGAGUGAGUUUGAGGCGUCUCCAGAUAUAUAUUUCUACAGGAUCCCAAACUUGGCUCGAAACAGGCAGUACAGUAUCUGGGUUGUGGCUGUGACGGCUGCAGGUCACGGCAACAACAGUGAGAAGAUCACAGUGGAGCCGCUGGCCAAAGCUCCAGCCAGGAUCCUGACCUUUAACGGCACUGUUACCACUCCCUGGAUGAAGGACAUUGUGGUACCAUGCAAAGCUGUUGGUGACCCUCCUCCCACCAUCAAAUGGGUCAAGGGAAACACCAAUGGGACUCCCACUCCUGUCGUAGUGGAUGGCCGCCGUAGCCUUCAUGGUAAUGGAAGCUUUAUUAUUCGUACAGUGAAAGCAGAGGAUUCUGGGAAUUAUAGCUGUGUGGCCACCAACACCUGGGGGUCAGAUGAGGUCACACUCAACCUGCAGGUCCAAGUCCCUCCUGACCAGCCCCGGCUCACAGUUACCAAGACAACCACCACAUCAAUCACACUCUCAUGGAUACCUGGAGACAACGGAGGAAGCUCCAUAAGGGGUUACAUCCUGCAGUACUCUGAAGAUAACAGUGAGCAGUGGGGCAGUUUUCCCAUCAGCCCUAGUGAGCGAUCUUAUCGUCUGGAGAACUUGAAGUGUGGAACAUGGUACAAAUUCACCCUGACUGCACAAAACGCAGUGGGACCAGGGCGCAUCAGUGAGAUAAUUGAAGCAAAGACUCAUGGGAAAGAGCCCCAGUUUGCCAAAGAACAUGAACUCUUUACCAGCAUCAACUCCACCAGAGCCAGGCUCAACCUGGCCGGUUGGAACAAUGGUGGCUGUCCGAUCACCUCCUUCAUUCUGGAGUACAGAGCUGUGGACUCGCCCACCUGGACCACAGCUCAGCGCACGUCACUCACCAAGAGCUACAUCCUGUACGACCUGCAGGAGGCGACGUGGUACGAGCUGCAGAUGAAGGUCACCAACAGUGCCGGCUCAACGGAAAAACGGAUUACCUUCGCCACUCUGAGUACUGAUGGAAGCACCAUUCCUCCCUUGCUGAAAACAGGAGACCCCAUCUCAGAUAACAUGUCAGGCAGUGGAGGUCUGAAGAUGGUGGUGACCAUCACCUCCAUCCUCGUGGUGGCUGUGCUGGUCUUUAUCAUGCUGAUGGUGCUGAAGAGGAGAAGGAGGGAACAAAGGCUUAAGAGACUCAGAGAUGCCAAAAGCCUGGCAGAAAUGCUGAUGAGUAAGAACACCCGAACUCCCGACACAGUGAACAAGCAGCAGCAGACCUUACGAAUGCACAUAGACAUCCCCAGAGCCCAGCUCCUGAUUGAGGAGAGGGACACCAUGGAGACAAUUGAUGACAGGUCAACUGUCCUGUUGACAGAUAAUGACUUUGGAGAGACCACUAAGCAGAAGUCUUCCACAGUGACCCACACAGUUCACUAUCAGUCUCUGUCUCAAGCCACCGGCCCACUGGUGGAUGUGUCCGAUGCCAGGCCUGGAACCAGUGAGUCCCACCACCACCCCACUGCCAGACGCACUGCCAAAGCUGGUCCUGCCCCGGCGCGGAGCCGCUAUGCCAGCCAAUGGACUCUGAACCGGCCGCAUCCCACCAGCUCCUCCCACACCCUGACCACCGACUGGAGACUCCCCACCCCACGAGCCACCGGAUCGGUGGACAAAGAGAGUGACAGCUACAGCGUCAGCCCUUCACAAGACACAGAUCGUGCACGGAGCAGUAUGGUGUCAACGGAGAGCGCAUCCUCCACCUACGAGGAGCUGGCCAGAGCCUACGAACACGCCAAGAUGGAGGAGCAGCUCCGCCACGCCAAGUUCACCAUCACCGAGUGCUUCAUCUCCGACACCUCAUCGGAGCAGAUGACCGCAGGGACCAACGAUUACACCGACAGUCUGACCUCCAGCACGCCGUCUGAGUCAGGCAUCUGUCGCUUUACUGCUUCCCCGCCCAAACCUCAGGACGUCAGCAGGGUCAUGAACAUGGCCGUUCCCAAGGCACACAGGCCAGGAGGGGAGUUGGUCCAUCUGCCACCCUACCUCCGCAUGGACUUCCUGUUGAACCGUGGUGUGCCUCUACCAGCCCGAGGAGGCGGGGUUAGUAGCGCCAGUGGCAGCAGCAGUGGAGGAGGUGGUGGAGGGGCCGCAGGAACAAGCGGGAGCGCUGCUGGUGCUACAGGAGAAACAAGAGGUGGUGGGGGAGCCAUGGGCCAGGCCAUCCUUGAGCCGCAGAGAAGCCGUACCCUGAAGAGGCCACCUCCUAUGGAGCCCACCCCAAUGGAAGUGCCCUCUCCUCGGGACGUGCAGCAGUGGCAGCCAGGAACUGCUUCCACCCUCCCGCACAGGGAUAUCCGGGAGAGGGGAGAGGCCCGAGGUGAGGUUCGGGGAGACGCCCCCUCCUCGGGAGAUCUAACCCAAGCACAGGCUGCCAAGCUCAGCACCUCCCAGGAGUCACUACUGGACUCCAGAGGACACCUGAAACAGAGCAACAACCCUUAUGCCAAGUCUUACACUCUGGUAUAACACUGGGACCCAGCAGACUGCUCCAGACUACAGGACCUCUGCAGACACAACCGAGGAGAAGGGUCAGGAGACAGACCACAGGCACAGGAUGGACAGUUUCCCACAACAGAAAUUGUUGUAUAUAGCGCCGUUUCUGACAUGCGUCUCAAGUGGAUGCUUUGAUUUCGGACUAACUUUCUUUCUGUUACUCUGUUCUUUCUUACCUCUCUUGCUCUUCUCUGUUACUUUCACUCUUCUGGGUCACUCACAGCUCCUUCGGCUUCUUCUGAUGGGUUUUCUCUCACAGUUUUUUAUUUGAUACCUGAGUAUUCUUUUAUGCUAAAGGGGACAAAUUAAGAGGAUUGCCAAAAUGAUUUAUUUAAAAGUUGAGAAAGAGAAAAAAAAAUACUAUGAAUUUAUAUUAAGGACAAUUAUAGUGAUUAUUAUUAUUAUUGUAUAAAAAUGGAAAAUAUCUAAAAAAUAAGAAGGGAAAAGGAGGAUAACUGGAACAAUCUGCAGGACUAUAUUGCUUUCUUAAUUUAUUUUUUUGUUUUUCAUUGUUGCAGUGUAAUGAAAUAUGUGACUGGAAAGAAAGCCAGGGAUUUUUUCUUUCCUUUAUUUUUAAUUGGACUACAAAGAGCCAAGACGUGACGAGGAAAGGGAUGCCGGACACAACCGCCAAUGCUGACCAAUCGUAAUGUUUUUCAACCGUUCUGACAACUGCAUGGCGACUGAUCAAAUGACAAUACUUGGAAUGGCUGGAAAUCCCAAAAAAAAAAGAGAAUUUUUGUCACACUAAGAAAUUAUACAAUGUGAAUAUAUAUAAAGAGAUCACUUUUAUUUGUGGAUAUUAUGGGGAAAAUGAUUUGGUUAAUAAAGUCCUUAGUCCUGUUUGCACACA